AGUUACAAUACAGAAUAGUGUGUGAAAAUCUGAAAAUCACCUGGUGAACAGUGCAAAAAUGAGGGAUGUCUUUCUCUUGGUUUUGACUUGUUGUCUUCAUUGGAGUGCAUCGUUUCCUUUGGAAGACUCAGAGCAAUGUAGCAAUGAUUGCCCCAAAGUUAUGAAGCCCAUCUGUGGAUCAGACGGAGUCACUUACGCCAAUGAAUGUCUUUUGAACUACGAAGCAUGCAAAACAGGAUCUAACAUUAAGAUAACCGCUAGAGGACCUUGUACAGAGUCUUCCAAUGUCUCGGACACUCCGCCCGAAAUGACUGUGAAUCCUGCUCUUCUUGAAAAUGGAGACGAGGACCCAGAGAGCGAAUGUGACCAGAACUGUCCGAAAACCUUGAAACCCGUUUGCGGUUCCGAUGGUGAAACUUAUCCUAAUGAUUGUGAAUUGAAUUUAGUGGCUUGUCAGAGAGGUGAAUUCUUGGCUAAAACGUCAGAUGGCGCUUGUCCAAGUGUCACCGAAUCAGCUGAAAAAGAGGAAAUACUGGCAGCAACAGUUCCCGAGGUUGACAACUCCUCCGAUUGCGAGUCGAAUUGCUCGGCAAUUUAUGCUCCUCUCUGUGGCAGCGACAAUGUGACUUACUCGAGUUGGUGCCAUUUGAAAGAAGCAGAAUGUGUCAGUGGCGAGAAGAUAUUCGAAAUAAGUCAGGGUCCUUGUCGAGAGCCUAAUACUGACGCUUUGAACGCGGAAGAAGACGAUUGUCCUGAUCGUUGUCAGAGUGCGUUCAAAUUGGUAUGUGGAUCAGAUGGCAACACUUAUUCAAGUGAAUGCUCACUGCGGGAGUUUGCUUGUAAGUUGGAACAAAAUGUAACUUGGGUCCACGAUGGGCCCUGCCCCAGAAACUCUUCAUCUCAUCACUACGAGGACGAAACAGGGUGCAAUUGCACGGUCAGUUUCAAGUACGCCCCAGUUUGUGGUACCAAUAACCAGACCUACCCGGAGGAGUGUAUAUUGCAAAAGGAGGCAUGCGCCAAGAAUGACCCAACUCUUGUUGUCAAGUACCUUGGAGUUUGUGCCGAGGACACCAGAUGUGCUCGGAGCUGCCGACAGGAUUUUGAACCCGUAUGUGGAAGUGAUGGGUCAACCUAUUCGAACCGCUGCACCUUGGAGAGUGAGGCCUGUCAGCAGAACAAGGACAUCAACGUUCUGUAUGAGGGGGUUUGUGGCCAUCAGACGGAGGAGUGUCCCAAACUAUGCAUGGCCGUAUUUGAACCGGUUUGUGGAAGUGAUAAUCAAACCUAUGCAAAUGAAUGUGAAUUGAAAGUGACUGCUUGCAAGGAAAGAAGCAAUCUCACCCUAGGGUUUGUUGGAUCGUGUGAAAUGAGGAUAACCCGACACUCGGAUGGAGAUGAGCUUGAGAAUAAAGAUUGUCCAGAUAUCUGCCCCUUGAUCUUCAAACCUACCUGUGGCACAGAUGGUCAAACAUACGACAAUGAAUGUAAACUGAGGUCUGCGGCUUGCUUCUCUAAAACCAACAUCACUGUGGAACAUGAAGGUUCGUGCAAAACUUUGCCACAAUUUCAACCAAUUGAAAGUGAGGAUGGGGGUUGUCAUUUUUCCUGCCAAGAUGUUACCACAAUACCUGUGCCAGUUUGCAGCUCAAAUAAUGAAACCUAUGGGAGUGAGUGCGAAAUGAAAAAAGAAGCUUGCUUGCUAAAUCUUACCUUGACUGUGCAAUCGGAAGGUACAUGUGAUCAACCCAAAAUCCCUGCCAAUAAUACCUUAAACAUCAAGAAAAUCUGUCCCGUGAUGUGCCCUGCUAAGUUCAAGCCAGUCUGCGGUUCAGACGGCGAAUCUUAUGACAAUGAAUGCCGCUUAGAAAUGGCACAAUGUGAGAGGGAUCAGAAGCUUUUCAAGGCCUUUGAUGGAUUGUGUGAAACAAAGGAAAGGUCAGAUGCGCUCUUGGCCUCAUCACAAUCUACUGAUGUGUAUUCCAAUAGUUGUAAUCUAAAAUGCACCAAUGAACUAAGGCCUGUGUGUGGAACAAAUGGUCAAACCUUCAAUAACAGGUGUCUUUUGGAUAUGUUCAAUUGUGAAAAUACCAACUUGGUCGGUAUCGAUUUUGAAGGUGAUUGUGAUUUUCCAAUUCUGGCCGCUUUGGAACAAGAAGAGAUAUCCAACUGUGAAUUGAGUUGUUCUGCUGAAGACGUGGAUCCAGUUUGUGGGACGGAUGGAAAAACCUAUUCUAGUGAGUGCUUCUUAAAGCGUUGGUCUUGCCAAUUAAACAAACCCAUUUAUGUGUCAUAUCGUGGUCCAUGUGCCUCUAACAGCGUUCCUGAAAUUAUUUUUGCUGCACUUGAAACGGAAGAGCAAGAAGAACCCCAAGAAAACGAUUGCAACUUCAGGUGUACAAACGAAUAUCGACCAGUUUGUGGAGAUAAUGGGGAGACUUUUGGCAGUCAGUGUCAAUUGGAUCAGAGUAAUUGCCUCAACGGAACCAACAUUUCAACUGCUUUCCAAGGAGAUUGUUCCUUACCCCCGGUUGCAGCUCUAGAGGCUGACGAGCCCACUUGCUCAGAGUUUUGCCCCUUGGACCCCGAACCAGUUUGCGGUACUGACGGUCUGACCUACACAAAUGAAUGUUUUUUACUCAAAAAGGCUUGUGAGCAAGGCAUCAAUUUGUGGGUUUCUUACCCCAGUCCUUGUGGAACAUUGUUUAAGUCCAGUGAUAAGUUGGAAAAAUGUCCAACUGGUUGCUCCAAAAUCAAGAAGCCCGUGUGUGGCAAUGAUGGGAUAACUUAUGACAAUGCUUGUUUGUUGAAGAUGCAUAACUGUCAGCAAGGAACAUAUAUCAAAGUAAAAUUUGCUGGUGAUUGUGCAACUCCUCUCACCUUGGAACUUAGAGUAAACUGCCGAGCAACAUGUUCUGGCCUUGAUCAUGUUUGUGGAACCGAUGGGCUCACCUAUGACAAUGAAUGUUCUUUGAAAAAAUGGGCGUGCUUGCAAAAUCAAACCACAGUGGUAGCUCAUGCCUCAACUUGUAAGAGAGAUGAUCUUUUGCAACCAAUUGAAUGCCCUCAAGAAUGUCCAGAAGAAAAAGACGAAGUAUGUGGGAGUGACGGCCAAACCUACCCCAAUGAGUGCAAACUCAGGAAGCAGGCUUGUUUGCAAGAAACUGCUCUAAGAAAAUUGCUUCCUGGCAAAUGUCCGUCAUUAGAAGAAGUGUUCUGCGCUCUUGAAGAGUGUCCAAACUAUUUCAAACCAGUGUGUGCCUCUGACAACUCAACAUAUGAAAACGAAUGCCAUUUCCAUCAUAACAAUACCUGUGGCGAUGUGAAAACUGGGAUCACUAUCUUGGCUCAUGAUUUUUGUGAGACACUCAAGGUCAAAGGCAAUUCAAAUGAAGACUGUCAAUAUGACUGUUCUGAAAUUGACUCGCCUGUUUGUGGAUCAGACCAAAGGUCAUACUUAAAUGGAUGUUUUCUAAAAGCAGCAGCUUGUCAAACUGAAUCACCUAUUACUAUUGUUCACACAGGAGAGUGUGAAUACAUCCCAAGUGAAAGCCUUUCAAAUCAAAAUGAAUGUCCCAAACUUUGCCCUGCCAUUUUUGCCCCUGUUUGUGGAUCUGACAACAAUACUUAUGAUAAUGAAUGCUCCUUGAAAGCCAAGGCAUGCUUUGACAAGAUCUCUGUGAGUGUAGCAUACCCCGGAAAGUGUGAAAUGACUGUGGAGGAAGUUGUGGAGAAGUGCGCUCAAAUAUGCCCUACAAUUUAUGCACCAGUGUGCGGUACUGAUGGGAAGUCCUACCCUAAUGAAUGCCAUUUGAAAGCCAAGGCAUGUCGAGACAAAUCUGGUGUAACUGUAGCAUCAAUUGGAGAAUGUCCAAGCAUCAUGGAAGAUCAGCCCUGCCCAGUCCUGUGUCCUGCCAUUUAUGCCCCUGUUUGUGGUUCUGAUGGUCAAACCUAUCCCAGUGAAUGUAACCUUAAAUCUACUGCUUGCCAAGAAAAGUCUAGUGUGGUCAUAGAGUUCAUUGGAGAAUGUCCAAUGAUUGAGGAAGAUUCAUUGGCUGAUAUAUGCCCUGCUCUUUGUCCUGCCAUAUAUGCCCCCGUUUGCGGUUCAGAUGGGCAAACCUAUCCCAGCAAGUGCAAUUUCAUGGCCAAAGCUUGUGAGGAUAAAUCUAACCUGACCAUUGUUUCCAUUGGGGAGUGUCCUAGUUUGGAGCAAGAAGUGACUGGUCCAGCCUGCCCUACCUUCUGUCCAGCUAUUUAUGCUCCUGUUUGUGGCACUGAUGGUCAAACUUAUCCAAGUGAUUGUAAUUUGAAAGCCCAAGCUUGUCAAGAUAAAUCCAAUCUAGCAAUUGCUUCAUUUGGAGAGUGCCGCCAGGACUCUGUCAUGGAAGACAAUGGUGAAGAUUGUGCUACUUUCUGUCCAGAAGUGUUUUCUCCUAUUUGUGGAACAGAUAACAAUACCUACUCCAAUGAGUGUUCAUUGAAAUCCAAGUCAUGCUUGGACAAAACAAAUGUGACUGCAGCAUAUCCAGGAGCAUGCGUAGCUCUGGGAGCAACUGGCGCAAAUAACGGAUGCCCCUUGUUGUGUCCUGAAACAAACUCUCCGGUUUGUGGUUCAGAUAACAAGACAUACACCAAUGAAUGCCAUUUGAGGAAGGAGGUCUGUCAAGCCGAGUCUUCAAAGUUGACAAUUGCUUCCUUUGGAGAAUGUCUAAUUUCAACAUCAGAAGAAGGCCAAGAAGAUUGUCCAAUAUUUUGUCCUGCAAUAUACGCGCCAGUUUGUGGAUCUGAUAAUGCUAGCUAUCCCAAUGAAUGCUCAUUGAAGGCAAAGGGGUGUGCUGAAAAGGUAGAUAUAACUGUUUUAUACAAUGGUGAAUGUGUGACUACCGAGGGAGAACCUUCCACUGAGGAAUGCCCUCAGAAAUGUCCUACCAUAUUUUCCCCUGUAUGCGGAUCAGAUGGUAAGACCUAUACCAAUGAAUGCAACCUGAAGGUCCAGACAUGUGCCGAAAAAACUGGUGUGACAGUUGCCUUUCCUGGUUUUUGUGACAAAGACAUGCUGGCCGCAUUGGAGGAAGAUUGUCCAAUCAUAUGCCCAACUUUGAUAGCUCCAGUGUGUGGUUCAGAUGGGAAAACCUAUUCCAAUGAGUGCUCUUUAGAUGCCCAAGCUUGCAUAGAGAAGUCUGGAGUCACAAUUGCGCAUUCUGGAGCUUGUCCAGAGGAAAUGGUUACCGAAGAAAUAGCAUGCCCAAAUGAUUGCCCAGAUAAUUUUGCUCCAGUUUGUGGUUCUGAUGGCGAAACCUAUAUGAAUGCAUGCGCCUUGAAGCUUAAGAAGUGUGAAUCUGCCACUGAGAUCUUUGUAGCACAUGAUGGGAAAUGCUUGAAAGACAUUCUUGAGACUACUUUACAAGAAUGCCCAUUGAUAUGCCCAUCUAUAGAAGCCCCGGUUUGUGGUUCGGAUGGUGAGACUUAUCCUAAUGAUUGUUCACUGAAGGCCAAGGCUUGCACUGAUGUGUCGCAAUUGACAAUUGCCCACAUUGGCAUGUGCUUAAAAGAUAUAGUGGAAGGAGCAUCAGGUGAAUGUCCAGUAGUGUGCCCAGCUAUUGAUGCUCCGGUUUGUGGGUCAGACGACAAAACCUAUCCCAGUGAAUGCUCUCUGAAAGCCACGGCAUGUGCAGAGAAAUCUGGAUUGGUGGUUGCUUAUGCUGGCAAAUGUGAAACGGACCAAAAAGAGGAAUAAACACUAAAUAAUGACUUUGAAUUGAAUUCACUGAUUUAUGAUAAAGUUAUAGUAACUAUAUUGUUAAUAAACAUACCUACGAAUCAUUA